UUCUAUAAGUAACCACCAUUUCCUCGCAAAGCAGCUGCUGGACGCCUUGUGCACCGGAAAACAUCUAGAACAAAGAGCUUGACAAACACAGCAAAACCUCAAGACCUUGUCUACAGGCUUUCAAAGAAAAAAGAACAGAAUGGGAUCGUCAGGAGUUCAGAUGGUAUGUGUGGCCCUUGGGGUCAUGGGGCUGAUUGGGGCCAUUGUCUGUUGCGCCCUCCCUCUCUGGAAAGUGUCAGCUUUCAUAGGAAACAACAUCUUGACCGCACAGGACUACCAAGAUGGUCUUUGGAUGCAAUGUGUGAAGCAAAGCACUGGACAGCAGCAGUGCAAAGUGUAUGACUCCUUGCUGGAGUUAUCCUCUGACCUGCAGGCCGCCCGAGCCAUGACCAUCAUCAGCUGCAUGCUCUGCGGGCUCAGCCUCCUCGUCCUGUUCUGCGGUGCCGAUUUCACCACAUGUGUGCAGAACGAAGACGCCAAGCCCAAACUCAGCCUGGUGGCAGGGGUGGGACUGCUGCUGGCCGGCCUCCUGGUGAUCAUCCCGGUCAGCUGGUCGGCAAAUAUUACUGUAAGAGACUUCAACAACCCCUUGUUGCCGAAUUCCCAGAAGAGAGAGAUGGGAGCGUGCAUCUACAUCGGCUGGGCAGCUGGUGUGCUGUUGAUUCUGGCUGGAGGUCUGCUCUGCUGCUUCAGCAGGCCCAAAUCAGGGAGCUCUGGUGGAACCGCCAAGUACUACAGCAACAGUGCUUCAGCUCCAAACAAAAACUACGUGUAGAGGCUUUAAGAAACAGACUGGUGUCCAAUAGAUAGUUAGACAAGGGGAUUGAGUUGGUAAAAACUGGGAAGAUGACACCAGAGAUUGCUUUAAAAGCAACAUGUAAAUACUUUAUGCUAAUAACAACUGGGUCCAAUUAUUACUUCCAUAUUUUUAACUGUUGGUGCUGGAAGGCGUAUACUCUGUAUAUUUUUAUUUCCAACAUUUUUUGACCUGUUCAUUUGUUUUUUUCAUUUUGGCAGAACUGUUAAAUUCCCUGUAUUUUUCUUGAAGUGGCACUUCAAAUUUGACUUUAAAAAUACAUUGAACGCAGGAAAGAAAUAUUAACAUGCAGAAAGUGACUCUGUAAGCAGGAAAAUUAGACAUCACAGUGAUCUUUAGAUGCAAUGUGUCCAGAUAACAACCGCCCUAACAAUACUUAUGUUUACUUAUUUUAUCCUGUGUUUCUAUCAUUUCUGUCAGGAUUUCAUCAUUUUUGUUCAGAAGGCUGCCAAUGUAAUCUCUAACCAGAUGUACCUCAGAGAACGAUUUUAUGAUUGUAUUUUUCAGAUACUCCUCAGCUUCUGCAUUAUUACCUUUUAUUGAUAAAACAUUUAUUCUA